GUUUCUUGCGAGCAACCACCUCAACCUGAAACAAUUACGAGCCCGAAUAAAUGAAUUGUACGACGCGAUGAUUCCGCGUAUGUUGCGUGCCCCUUCACUGAUAUUUUCUCGUUUCCGUAGUGAUGAAGUUGUUGGUUGCUUCAUAUUGGGACCGAGUCGUGCGCGUUCGGGGCCGUACCACCUUGCGCCACACUGCGACCAAUUAAAGGGCAUCAUAUCUAUUACUGCGCAGCUAAGACUGUUCUGUCUAUAAUUGCCUCCGACUCAGGUGCUUAUAUGGAUUCGCACUGAUCUGUCACGGAGAAGCUGCAUUUCCCCACUCUGGUCGCAACUCUCGACGAUCCUUUGUAUCCCCAACUAAUCAACACCUUCUAUAAGCAGCAUGAGUAGCCUCAAACGAGCGAGCGAUAUCAAUCCAGGGUUGAUCAUCGGACCGGUCCUAGUCUGUGGGCUGUUGAGUGCUGCGUUAUUCGGCUGCCUCGCCUGUCAGUCCUGCUUGUAUUUUACGAGAUUCAGGAGCGACCAUGUCGUCCUGAAAGCAAUUGUAUCUACAGUCAUCUUGGUUCAGCUGGGCCACUUUGCUUGUGUGAUAUCGAUGCUGUGGACAAUGACUGUCAGCACCUAUGGUGACCCAUCUCAACUCACGGUGCUUCCUACAGCAUCAGACAUCUCCGUUCCGUUGAGCAGUCUAACAGUAUCUAUUGUGCAGUCAUUUUACGCUUUUCGACUUUGGAGGUUGACUAGAAAUGUCUUCUUGCUCACCCUUUCCCAAAUACUCUCCGUGACUGCACAAACUUCCGCGUUCGUUUUCCUAGGAAUGCAAUUUUCUAUGGACCUCACGCAUAUUGAAUCUACUCAAUUUCUGCUGGCUGACCUCGCUCUCAUCGCACGUGCAGCUUGUGAGUUGAUCAUCACCGCUGGAAUCGCCUGGAGUUUAUACAAGAAACGAGGCUCUGAGAUUAGAAGCACGGUUUCGAUGAUCGACCGGUUGCUUAAAUGGACAAUCGAAACUGGUCUGGUCACUAGUUUGAUGGCCUUUACAUUGGCAACGUUGAUUCCUACCUUGAAGCAGCCGAACAAUACGGGGCUCGGGUUAUACUUAUUGUGGCCCAAUGUCGUAGGGAACUCCUUCCUAAUCUCAUUGAAUCGUAGGUCGCUCCUUCGGAAGCAGGGCCCCAAGAAACGACACUCAGAGCCAUUCCUUUGCUUUGAACACGGUUGCGUUUAGCACUGGGGCUACGCAAUUACGAACCGACCCAUCUGGGAAGGAACUUGAAGCAUCGACAUUUACAAGUAAAAACGAAACUAUUUGCUG